AUGUAUAAUGAAGAGGUAAUUGGAAUUGCUGAAGAUCUUGAAGAUGUAGAUUUGGGCAAAGAUGUUCUUCCAGUUCCAACAUCAAAUCUUGACAUUGAAUCUCCAUAUUUUGAAAAGUCACAUCCACAAGAACAUGAUCCUGGUCAAAUUCAACUGAACAAGUCUGAAAUAAAGGACACUGCACAAAGUUUAUAUAAAUCGAUCAAUAGUGCAUUUCAGAGCAUAUCUGGUGGGGUGCCAUUUGCUGAAGCCCUUACUAAAGUCCCUGAAACCAACCUAAAAAUGAAACAAACAAAGUAUGAAGCCAAAAAAGUCAGGAGACAGCUAAUUAAAGAAACCAAAGAAAAUAUCGAACAGCAAUGGAAAGAAUCUUCCCUCCUUAGGUGUCUAGGUAAUAGGCAGUCUUUUACUGCUCGGCAACAAGAAAGGUUGGCAAUGUCAUUUGAGAGUAGAAAAGCAGCUGAAGAACGGAUUGUCAAGACUCAAAAGCAGCAAAAAAAGAAAGAUCACACUGGUAGUAUAAAUGACUUGGUCUGGGAUAAAGAAGGACUUAAGAUGGAAGUUGAGAGCUAUAGCGAAGAGAUUCAAGUUAACUGGAGUAACUUAGCGAGACAAUUUGGUGUGAGGAAUAAAAAGGGAAAAUAUCCAGGAAAUGGAGGACAAAUAGCUAAACAAUAUCUCAUAAAUGAAGGAGUAGAUGUUGCCAGGUUCAAAAGAAAAAAUGAUGAGCAAGAAAACCAGGAAAGAAGAAUCCGUCGAAAGAAGCUCCGAGGUUUGGGAGGUGAGAUUUCAUUGCCAACACCUGAGACAAAUGAAGAGUUGAAAGAUGAGCUCAAAGUCAAAAUAAUGAAGGGGGAAUUUGUCAUUGGGGAACUCAUAGUUCCAAAGAAAUACAAAAAGUUGAUUCUCAAUAAAGAUGGCAGUGUUCAAACAAAAGAYUURAUCAUUGAAGGAAGAAAAAUCCCCCUUGACGAAAUUAGGAAAACAAUUUUGAAUAAACAUAGAAAGUAUACCAGGCAUCACAAUGACUCAUAUUAUGAGCAGAUGAGUAGAUUAGAAGUAGUUGAAAGGCUUCAAAAGUUAAAUGAAUUCAAUGAUGAAGAUGGUUUGACAAAGAUGAGAGAUAAGCUAAAAACAAUGGAAAGGCAAAGACAUCUGUUGGUUUGGCAUGACCAUUCAACUGUUGCUAACCAUGGUCACCUGGUGUUUAUGGUUGCUACUGCAUAUGAUCCUGCUAUACAUCUAACACCAGAAGAAUACUAUGAGAAGAAUGGCAUUACUGUUGAUGUCCAGACAGAGGUAGAAAAACCUGAAAUUUACAUCAUUGGGAGGUGUAGUAGCAGCGAUGCAGAUCAGUUAUGCUAUACAGAAACACGCUGUGAAUGUUUGGCCAGUCUAUCAGCAACCAUAGACAUUGAGCCAGGAGUACCUAUAACUGAUAUAAUGAGGUUCUUUAAAGGGGAUGGACCAGCAGUAGCCUUUGAGACAGGCCAGCAGAAGGGAGGUCACUAUUUCUGCUCUGUUUGUGGCAUGCACUCAGUAAUGAGUGAUGAUCUGGAGCAUGUGUUCAGAUGCAAGCAUGUCUCUCUUGAAGACAAGCAGAAAAAAAUUCUAAAAGGGAGAAUAGGAAGAAGAAACUCCUUGCUAAAAAAGCCAAAGCCAUUACAUGAUUUGACCAAGGCUGAAAUUUUAGAAGAACUUAGCAAAAGAGACACAUGGUCAACAAAAACUUUGAAGGCAGACCUUGAGAAAGAGCUCACUGCUGAACUUCAAGGUGUUCAAAGAGUUCCAUCACUUCUUUAUUGCAGUCCCACAGAAUCUCUUUCAAACCUUGGUAUUGGUUCAUAUGAAGCUCUGCCAUGUGNUCCACGUAUGAUAUUAAGAUACCACAACAUCUCUUUUCUUCAUUUUCUUAUGUGCAAUAUUGAAUUUGGCUCAGUGCCAACUGCUCUGACAGCAAGAAAAUUUUAUGGUAAAUAUCUACACAAUCUUGUCUCCCAUGAACCCAUACAAUUAAGAUUAAUAUCUGGUCCUUCAUCAAAUGCUGAAAAUGAGGAGCGCACCUUUAAUGCUGUGAAGGGAAUAACCAAAUCAACAUCAUCUAACAGGCCUGCUCACAUCAUCACAAACACACUCAUCAGGUUGCAAGCAGAACAAAAGCUUCACUCAUGCAAAGAUGUUGUCACAAAACAACAAAAUCAGAUAUCUAAACUGGGAUCAUCAAUGAAAGCAAUUCUACAUGUAAAUACGCGAAUACCAGGUCAUAUUCUAGAAGGAGAGAAGUACAGUAGGUGGUGGCAAGCCCACAUGGAGAGGAUAAGUGACUUUCUUCUACCAGGAAUGGGAGUUUGGUGGAAAUAUCAUGAAGAAAUCAAUGAAGUGGAAUUUAUGGAUUCAAUGUCUGAGAGUGAUUCACACUCCAUCACUUCCGCUCAAGCUCCUUUAAAAAAGAAGAAGAGUACCUUUUAG